CCCACCGCGGUCAGCGGACGCGCCGGGUCAAUCACUGAAAGCUACGCCAUCCAACAAUGGCACUUCGAAAGAAUCGCAAGGCCAAUCGGCGCAUUCGAAGCAAAGUCUCGUAUCGACUCUGAGUUUGUAAAAUCGCUCACCGUUGACGGAUCUCGAUAGACUGACGGACAUCGGACGAGGGGUAUCGAGCGACCUCCUCCAUCACGCACAGUGCUCGCUCGAGAGCAUGUUGGAUUACUUCUUCGGCAUCGUCGGGAAUCCACCAGAAGCAGGUCAACCGUCCCCGAUGGACCAGUGUCGCGAAUGGGCGUCCGAGAUAGCCAAGGAUAAAAAUAUCAAGGGCCUCGUCGACGAUUUCAAACAUGUUCUCGGCGGCGGAUCGGAGUACGACAUGUACAGGCCGUAUAUAGAGCUCGGAAACGGCGUCCUCGAACGAUUACGCGAGAUGCCCCCGGCCUUGGCCCAGCAUCUACAGCCGCUUUCUGGCCUGGACAUACUCUUCGUCUGCCACGACUUGAAGACGAUCGUUGGAGAUCGCGGUCAGGUUCACAGAUCGUAUCGGAAGCCCGACGUGGUGGUCAUCACCUGGAGAGGUAUACUGUCGCAGGGAAGGCAGGCCAAGGAUUGGAAGCAGGCCAAGGAUUGGAUCACGCAUUCAUGGGACGACGGUGACAACCUCAAGAUCAGUGUCGUUUGGGAUGAAGUGCUGACCGUGAACGAGCUGAAGAAAACCAAAUUCGACGACAAGACCAGGUCGGAUGUCCAAAACUACAAACCCGGUCAAUCCGUACCGUUCGCGGCCCCUGCGGAGUUGGGCCCUCUGACUCACAAAGUCCCUCCUUUGGCGCCGUCGUUGCCUUCUUCGGGCCAGAAGCGCAAGUGGUCCGCAGUCGACGGCGGUAUCGAGGCCAAAGGUUCUACGCCUGGCAGAGCCGUCGAUCCGCCCCCCGCAGAAAGCGCCGGGCAAUCUGGGGGCGAGAACGACCGGCAACCGCCCAUGGUUCAAUUGGCCGUGUACGCGUCUGAGAUGCUGUCCGUGCGAGGGCUCAUUCGCACGCACGCGAUCGGGGCGGUCGUACAAGAUCAUUGGGUCUGGCUUUGGUACUUCGACAGCUCAGGCGCCAUCCAGUCGCAAGGCUUCAGCAUCGUCGCGCACACCCCCAUCUAUAUCCUUCUGCUCAUGAUGUACCAGCGAUUUGACCUUACCCAUUGGGGCAUACCUCCCGAGGUCAAUUCGAGGGCUCAACGUGACCUCGCCGAGCACACCGUCGUUCCGAAGUCAGAAAUGGCACCUAAGGUGGAUCACGGUCGCAACACCCGAAGCCGGGCCGUCCAAGCGCUGGAUUUCUUCACGGUCACGGCGCGCAAAUUCGGCGACGAGGGCGACGAAAAGGUCAUGAGGGUCUAUCCUUCGCGUCGGGUUUUCGCCUCGGAUCGAGCGGUGUUGAAGGGUCGUCGAACCACGGUCGUCGAAGCGGAGGAUCCGGACGCCGAGGGCGUCGCCUACGUCGCCAAGUGGUCGUUUCCCCAAACGCAAAGACCAAGCGAGGUGGACGUGGUGAGGAAGGCGUACGAGAUCGGCCAGGACAACCCGGAGGUCGUGAAACAUCUACCGACGGUGGUCGCGUAUCGGGAUUACCACGAGUUUUCUACGGACCGGAUCCGUUCGAGGUUGCGCCGAUGCCCGCAGGGCGGGCAGGAGGGGGAAGCGCUGUCGGAUGAUUCCGCGCAUGGGGCUCCGCGCGUGUUGCGCGUCGUCUUCGAGAAGAGGCUGAAGCCCAUACAAUAUCUCACCGGCAAACAGCUCCUGAAGGCCCUGUGGCAAAUCAUGAAAUGUCACCACCUGCUGUGGCAGGGUGACUCCUCUCAUGCGAUCGAACACGGGGACAUCAGUCUAAAUAAUCUAGCCGUGGAUCCGGACACUCUCGGCGGCGUCCUUCGGGACUUUGACCUCUCUCGGAUCCGCGACAAGAACGAGGAGUCUGCACCGCAGGGCACGGAGAGGACAGGGACAGUGCCUUUCAUGGCACUGGAACUACUCUGCGACGAAUAUUGGGAAGGGAAGAUCGAGCGUCUUUACCGUCACGACGUGGAGUCAUUCGCUUGGGUCAUCAUAUACCUCGGCUUUACCAACGACGAGACACUCGAAACCCUACCGGCGGUCGACUGGUACACGGCUGAUUACGAGGAUUGCCGCGGCAAGAAGCUAAAAUUCUUGUCAUCAUGGAAGACGGUGACAGACGUCGCGCACAUUGUGUACGGAUCGCGACAGCCGUGGCUUUUGGCGAUGGACCUCGCGUUAUGGACCUCUGCCGUGUCUUACGAGGCGUCGCGGGACAUCCUGACGAGGCACCGUAGGACAACAACGGUAAUAGCUAGCAAAUCCCGGGAAGACAUAGAGGCGGACCGAGCGCGAGAAAACACGGAGUUGUUGAACGUAUUCGCAGAGCGCUUCAUGCAAAACCUGGACUUGCCGGAGAAAGCAUUCAAUGAGUGGUUGAAGGCACCUGCCGACGACGCCUGCAGGCGGCUUCACCAGGACCGAGAAGCUAAGCAGCUACGGGGCAUGAAGAAGUAGGGAAGCAGAGGGGACUACUUUCCUUUCGCGCACGGUUACACUCCGACGUAGUCGACGUAUACCGUUCACCACCGCGUUUCAAUGAGAAUUCGUAAUAUCGG